AUGAUGACAUCCAAAGAAGUGUCUAAAUGUGACGCGGUGGAAAACAGACGGCGAAGCCCGCUAGACCACUUGCCCCCACCUGCCAACUCCAACAAGCCGCUGACUCCGUUCAGCAUCGAGGACAUCCUGAACAAGCCCUCCGUCAAACGAAGUUACACCAUCUGUGGGACCGCACACCUGAUUUCCUCGUCCGAGAAGCACCGUCCUUCAGGCAUCCCUCUGUCCAGCCGGGCGCUCCUCACCCAAACCUCCCCUCUGUGCGCGCUGGAGGAGCUGGCCAGCAAGACCUUUAAAGGACUGGAGGUUAGCGUUUUACAGGCGGCGGAAGGGAGGGACGGGAUGACCCUGUUCGGCCAGAGGAGCACGCCGAAGAAGCGGCGGAAGUCUCGGACGGCGUUCACCAAUCACCAGAUCUACGAGCUGGAGAAACGCUUCCUCUACCAGAAAUACCUGUCGCCCGCCGACAGAGACCAAAUAGCGCAGCAGCUCGGCCUCACCAACGCCCAGGUCAUCACAUGGUUUCAGAACCGGAGAGCCAAGCUAAAGAGGGAUCUGGAAGAGAUGAAGGCCGACGUGGAGUCGGCCAAGGCCGUCGGCCAGGUGCCCUUGGAGAAGCUCGCUAAACUUGCGGACCUGGAGAAAUGCGCCAGCGGGACACUCGGACACUCCCGGGCCGAGUCCCCGGCGCAGGGCGGCCAGCAGGAGCACGAACUCGCCCACAAACUGCGGCUGUCCCCCCUGUCGCCAUUUUCAGACCACACGACGAGCAAAGAGUGCUCGGAGGACGAGGACGUGGAGAUUGACGUGGAUGACUGAUUGUGCCAAGGUGCUGGGGGAGUCAACAGCGUUGCCGAAAUGACAUCGACAUCACCGCCGAGGACUUGUAACUUGUACCGCUCCUUAUUAUUGUACCAUCUCCGAAAAUAAAAUGUACCAAACUGUAAUGACUUUUGUAUUGACGGCACAAAUAGGCCUAUUCGUAUAGUAAAAGCAUGAACGAGCAAGAAAUAUGCAGUGAUAUUUUACGGUGUACUCAUUAGCAUCUUUCCUCUUGCAAACAAAGCAAUAUGAUCUAGAAAUACAUUGAUAUUUGUUUUUUACAGCGGGUCCACCACGCACGCACGCACGCACACGCACGCACGCA